CCUUCUCCCAAUCGGCCAUGUUUAAUUUGACUCAUUCAUGAAAAGUUAUGUACACACAACAGUAAAGCCAUGACCGUGAAAGCUACACAGUGAGCGAUGCUCGAGUACUGAACUGCAUUGAUCCUCCGUGUGGAUGCAGCGCGUUGUUUGUACAGACUGAGCAUUAAUCAGCUGCAGUGGGAAUAAACAAUAGCGCGUGAGGCUUCGCCAGGAAAUCAUGAGGAAAAAGCAGAAUGUGAAAAACAGGAAAGCAGGAGAGACAACGGUUGUCCAAGAGUUUGCAGUGGAAAAAAUCAUCCGCAGAAGAGUCAACGAUGGAAAAGUUGAAUACUAUCUAAAGUGGAAAGGCUUCACGAAUGCAGAGAAUACCUGGGAGCCAGAGGACAACCUGGAUUGUCCUGAGCUGAUAGAGGAGUUUCUCAGAAACCUAACUGUCUCAGGAGAGACUGAACAAGAGGGGUGUCAGUCUCUAGACCUGGAGGUCCAGCCCAAGCAAGAGUUAACUGAGCUGGAUGCCAAUAUGGCUCACCAGCAGCCUCAGGAGGAGCUCAUUGAGAAGGGUAAUGAGGAGGUUGAUGAUCACAAUGCUGAGAUCCCAGCAGGCCAAUCCAGCAACCCAGAACCAGACUGCAUCAUCGGAUGCACAGACCAACAAGGAGAGCUCAUGUUCCUCAUCAAGUGGUAA